CUGGAGAGCGCCCAUACACAUGUGUUCAGUGUGGAAAGAGUUACACAUUAAAACAUACUCUUCAAGCUCACAUGAGAGUUCACACUGGAGAGCGCCCAUACACAUGUGUUCAGUGUGGAAAGAGUUACACAUUAAAACAUAAUCUUCAAGCUCACAUGAGAGUUCACACUGGAGAGCGCCCAUACACAUGUGUUCAGUGUGGAAAGAGUUUCACAGAUAAAAGAAAUCUUGAUGUCCACAUGAGAACUCACACUGGAGAGCGUCCAUACACAUGUGUUCAGUGUGGAAAGAGUUUCGCAGAUAAAAGAAAUCUUGAUAUCCACAUGAGAGUUCACACUGGAGAGCGACGAUACUGGUGUGUUCACUGUGGAAAGAGUUUCAUACGAAAAAACAUUCUUGAUGUCCACAUGAGAACUCACACUGGAGAGCGUCCAUACACAUGUCCUCAGUGUGAAAAGAGUUUCAUACGAAAAAACCAUCUUGAUAUCCACAUGAGAACUCAUACCGGAGAGCGUCCAUACACCUGUUCUCAGUGUGGAAAGAGUUUCACACAAAAAAAUAGUCUUGAUGUCCACAUGAGAGUUCACAAUGGAGAGCGUCCAUACACCUGUUCUCAGUGUGAAAAGAGUUUCACACAAAAAAGAAGUCUUGAUGUCCACAUGAGAGUUCACAAUGGAGAGCGUCCAUACACCUGUUCUCAGUGUGGAAAGAGUCUCGCAAAUAAAAGAAAUCUUGAGAACCACAUGAUGACUCAUACUGGAGAGCGUCCAUACACCUGUUCUCAGUGUCGAAAGAGUUUCACAGAUAAAAGAAAUCUUGAUACCCAUAUGAGAAGUCAUACUGGAGAAUGUCCAUACACCUGUUCUCAGUGUGGGAAGAGUUUCACACAAAAACACAGUCUUGAUACCCACAUGAGAAUUCACACUGGAGAACGUCCAUACACCUGUUCUCAGUGUGGAAAGAGUUUCACACAAAAAAAAAGUCUUGAUAUCCACAUGAGAACCCACACUGGAGAACGACCAUACACCUGUGUUCAGUGUGGAAAGAGUUUCAUACAAAAAAACAGUCUUGAUAUCCACAUAAGAUGUCACACUGGAGAGCGCCCGUACACCUGUUCUCAGUGUCGAAAAAGUUUCAUACGAAAAAACAGUCUUGAUGUCCACAUAAGAUGUCACACUGGAGAACGCCCGUACACAUGUCCUCAGUGUGAAAAGAGUUUCACACACAAACACAGUCUUGAUAUCCACAUGAUGACUCACACUGGAGAGCGCCCAUACACCUGUUCUCAGUGUGGAAAGAGUUUCACAGAUAAAAUAAAUCUUGAUACCCACAUGAGAAUUCACACUGGAGAGCGUCCAUACAGCUGUUUUAAGUGCGAAAAGGGUUUUAAACAUACACAUUCUUGAUGUUCACAC